CAAAGAUGGCGUUCGUUGUCUUCAACAUCUGACAGAGUCCAACGCCAGGCUACAUUUAUCUGUAAUAUUGUUCACGAUUCAUUAAUGUGGUGCAUUUUUCAGUAUGAAGGUGGUCAAUUUGAAACAGUCCAUUCUCCAAGCUUGGAAGGAGCGUUGGAGCGACUACCAGUGGGCCAUAAACAUUAAAAAGAACUUCCCUAAGGGAGCAACAUGGGACUACCUGAACUUGGCAGAGGCUCUUAUGGAGCAGGCAAUGAUUGGCCCUUCUCCCAACCCACUUAUCUUGUCUUACCUCAAGUAUGCCAUCAGUUCCCAGAUGGUGUCCUAUUCAAGUGUAUUAUUAGCCAUCAGUAAGUUUGAUGACUUCUCCAGAGAGCUGUGUGUUAAGGCCCUGUUGGAGAUUAUGGACAUGUUCUGCCACCGUCUCAGUUGCCACGGGAAGGCGGAGGAAUGCAUUGGGCUCUGCCGGGCCCUGCUGGGCGGAGUAGUGUGGCUGCUGACAGGCUGCGCUUGGUACUGCGAGAGGCUCCGUGAGCUGGGGCCCUCCACCAGCACAGACGCCAGCCUGAAAGGGUGUCAGGAGAGGUUGAAUAACCUGCUGGUCAGCACCAAGAAUAGGGCCCUGGUGCACAUUGCCCGUCUGGAAGACCAAGCCUCCUGGACCAAUGUUGAGCAAGCUUUGCACCGGUUGACUGAUAGCCUCAGCAGAAUGACCAAUCACACCCUGACAGGCAACCUGGAAGAGUGUGUCUCAUUGGUGAAGAGCAUUCCUACCAUGCUGUCCAUGCGUCCAGACCCCCCACACCACGCAUCCUUCCCCUCAGUGCACGCCUUCAUCAUGCUGGAAGGAACCAUGAACCUGACGGGGGAGACCCAGCCGCUGGUGGAACAGCUCAUGAUCAUCAAAAGGAUGCAGCGCAUCCCCACGCCCCUCUUUGUGUUGGAGAUCUGGAAGGCGUGUUUCACUGGCCUCAUCGAGUCACCAGAAGGCACUGAGGAGCUCAAGUGGACAGCCUUCACCUUUCUCAAGAUUCCGCAAGUUCUCCUCAGACUGAAAAAGUAUCCUCAGGCUGAGAAGGGACAGCUGCCGUACCCUUUGGUUGACCUCCAGCAGGACUUCAUGGAUGACGUCAACAUUGCCUUCGAGUACCUCCUGAAGCUAACACCGUUGCUGGACAAGGCUGACCAGAGAUGCAACUGUGACUGUCUUAGCAUGCUACUGCAGGAGUGCAAUAAGCUCGGUCUCCUGUCGGACUCCAACACUACCAACCUUACUUCUAAACGGGAGUACGCCCCACGGAUGAAGACCGCAGAGAACGCCAACAUCCAGCCCAACCCAGGCCUCAUCCUGCGAGCUGAGCCCACUGUCACCAACAUCCUCAAGACUGUGGACGCCGACCACUCGAAGUCGCCAGAGGGCCUUCUGGGAGUGCUGGGACACAUGCUGUCUGGGAAAAGCCUGGACCUCCUGCUGGCUGCAGCCGCGGCCACAGGGAAACUCAAAUCCUUCGCCCGGAAGUUCAUCAAGCUGAACGAGUUUCCGAAGCACAUUAGCGGAGAAGGAUCCAAGUCGGCCUCUGUGCGAGCCCUGCUGUUCGACAUUUCCUUCCUCAUGCUGUGUCACGUGGUGCAGACCUAUGGGUCAGAGGUGAUUCUGUCCGACCCCAGCCCCUCGGGGGAGACCCCGUUCUUUGAGACGUGGCUGCAGACGUGCAUGCCGGAGGAGGGCAAGACCCUGAACCCGGACCACCCCUGCUUCAGGCCCGAGUCUGGCAAGGUGGAGAGCCUGGUGGCGCUUCUCAACAACUCCUCCGAGAUGAAGCUAGUUCAGAUGAAGUGGCACGAGAUCUGUCUUAGCACGCCGGCGGCCAUCUUGGAGGUGCUGAACGCCUGGGAGAAUGGCGUGCUGUCUGUGGAGGCCGUCCAGAAGAUCACGGACAACAUCAAGGGCAAGGUGUGCAGCAUGGCCAUCUGUGCUGUGGCCUGGCUGGUAGCCCACGUGAGGAUGCUGGGCCUGGAUGAGAGGGAGAAGCCCCAGACCAUGAUCCGCCAGCUCAUGACCCCACUGUAUGGGGAGAACACACUGCAGUUCUACAAUGAACGGGUGGUGAUUAUGAGUUCCAUUCUGGAGCACAUGUGUGCCGACGUGUUCCAGCAGACCGGCCUGGCCCUGCGACCGCCCAUGGAGGGCCAGGAGCCCAUCCCCUACAGAAACCUGCUGCCGGCCAAGGAGCCCAUCCACGAGUCCUUGAGCAAGCAGUUCCGCUCGGUGCUCUGGAAGGGCUGGGUGGACAGCCACGCGCUGCACCUCUUCGAGAGCCUGCUGCACAUGGGAGGAGUGUUCUGGUUCACCAACAACCUCAUCAAGGAGCUGCUGAAGGAGACUCGCCAGGAGUGGGCCAACCGGGUGGUGGAGCUGCUUUACAGCAUCUUCUGCCUGGACACACAGCAGAUCACCCUAACCCUGCUGGGCCACAUCCUGCCCAACCUGCUCACGGACCCGGCCCGCUGGCACAGCCUGGCCGACCCUCCCGGCAAGGCUCUGGCCAAGCUGUCAGUAUGGUGUGCUCUAAGCUCCUUCUCCAGUCACCACAAAGGCCAGGCCUCCGCUCGACAACGCAAGAGGCAGCGGGAGGAUAUCGAGGACUACAGUAACCUGUUCCCACUGGACGACACGCAGCCCUCCAAGCUCAUGCGCCUGCUCAGCUCAAACGAGGACGAGCCGGUGGUCCUCUCCAGCCCCGGUGACCGCUCCAUGUCCACUUCGCUGUCAGCUUCCCAGCUCCACACGGUCAACAUGCGGGACCCCCUCAACCGCGUCCUAGCCAACCUGUUCCUGCUGAUCUCAUCCAUCCUGGGCUCCAAGACAGCGGGGUCUCAUACCCAGUUUGUGCAGAGCUUCAUGGAGGAGUGCGUGGAGUGCCUGGAGCAGGGCAGCCGAGGGAGCAUCCUGCAGUUCAUGCCUUUCACCAUGGUCUCUGAGCUUGUGAAGCUUCCUGCACUGGCCAAGCCCAAGGUGGUCCUCGGCAUUACUGACCUGACUCUGCCCCUGGGAAGGAGGGUGGCAGCCAAAGCCAUCUCAGCGUUGUAGAUUCAAGGGAACGCCCGGGGCUCCCCCAUAUCCAUUGAUUACUCCACUUCCACUAAAAGGGGAACUCAAACUUCCACUUCAAGAAAUAAUGUUACGUAGUGUUGAUAUAAUCGAAGCACCUCAAACAUUUGAUUUAACAGAAGUUCCCCCCCCCCCCCAAGGCUCGGGACUCCUCAUAGAUCGAACCUGCUAAGACGCACAUUUAGUUGAUUAUUAAUUACUUCUGUUAUGUAACCCUGGUUGCUUCAUGCUACAUUCAGAGGCACCUUCCAUUCAUAUGUUUGAAUGCCCUAUGUAGAGCCUGGCACUUACAGUGCUGUUGUGGGUUCAGUUCCCACUGGGGGACAGUAUGGAGUCACUCUGGGUACAGGUGUCUGCUAAAUUACAGGCUUAGGCAGGCUUUUCUCCUUUUUGAUAGUGUCUGUGGCAGUUAUGUUUAUGGCAACAGUGAGUUUUUGCAUUUCAUCAUUUUGUAUUACUGUUUCUUUUCAUUCAUAAAGUGUACAUAUUGUCUUUUUUAUAAUAAAGCCUCAUGAAAAUGU